UUCAUGACCUUGACUCUGUUUCCUAUCCGACUCUUUUUUGCUGCUUUUAUGAUGCUGCUGGCCUGGCCUUUUGCAUUCAUUGCUUCAAUGGGAUCUGACGAGCAAGAGCUUGAAAAACCCCUCUCCUGGUGGCGAAAGAUAGUGGAUGUUUUGCUGAAAGCAAUCAUGAGAAUGAUGUGGCUUGCUGGUGGAUUCCACUGGAUAAAUGUAAAAGGCAGACGAGCAUUGCCGGCGGAAGCAGCAAUAUUAACUGUGGCUCCCCAUUCUUCCUACUUUGAUGCCAUUCCAGUAACUAUGACCUUUGCCUCCAUUGUGAUGAAAGCAGAGAGCAAAGACAUUCCUGUUUGGGGAACUCUAAUCAAAUACAUCCGACCAGUAUUUGUGUCUCGGUCAGACCAGGAUUCUCGCAGGAAAACUGUUGAAGAGAUCAAGAGGCGUGCUCAGUCUGAUGGUAAAUGGCCACAGAUAAUGAUAUUCCCAGAGGGCACUUGCACAAACCGAUCCUGUCUAAUUACAUUCAAACCUGGAGCAUUUAUUCCUGGAGUUCCUGUACAGCCAGUGGUUUUACGUUAUCCAAACAAACUGGACACAAUCACAUGGACAUGGCAAGGACCAGGAGCGUUUGAAAUUCUGUGGCUUACUUUAUGUCAGUUUCACAAUUCUGUGGAAAUUGAGUUUCUACCCGUCUACAUUCCUUCAGAAGAAGAAAGAAAAAAUCCAGUGUUAUAUGCUAAUAACGUCAGACGUGUAAUGGCAGAGGCAUUGGGAGUCUCAGUGACAGACUAUACAUUUGAAGACUGUCAGCUAGCUUUGGCUGAAGGACAACUUCGUCUGCCUUCAGAUACGUGUCUUUUAGAAUUUGCAAAGCUUGUGAGAAGCCUUGGGCUGAAGCCAGAAACACUGGUAGAUGAUCUUGAUAAAUAUGCUGCGAGUGCCAUGAAAAUGAAGAAAGAAAAGAUUGAUCUUAAAGAAUUUUCAGCAUACUUGGAAUGUCCAGUUUCUCACACGUUAGAAAGUAUGUUUGCACUUUUUGAUGAGAAUGAAGAUGGUGUAAUUGAUGUUCGGGAAUUUGUCAUUGCUCUGUCAGUUGUCUGUAAGCCAUCCAAAACUCUGGAAACAAUUCAGCUGGCAUUUCAGCUGUACCAGUCAGAAAGUGGAACUAUAACAGAAGAGGAUUUAGCUCAUAUUCUGAAGACUGCCAUGGGUGUGUCACAGAUCAAUGUUACACAUCUUUUUAGAGCUGUAGAUGAAGAAGAAAAAGGAAAGAUUACAUAUGAUGACUUCUACACAUUUGCUGAGUUGCACCCACACUUUGCAGAAGACUAUCUCUAUGCUGAUCAGAUGGGAGCUGAGAGCAGCUUGGAGACUUCAUCUCUUUCUGCUCCUAAUGGUAUCUGUACUGACUUCAGCCCUGAAAAUGCUGAAGAUAAAAACAAGCCCCUGCAGAAGAAACUGAAUUAACACUACAACUGUUACCUUCCUCUCCUG